CUGUUGUGAAUGCUGUUUUUCUGGGGGUCGUGAUCCAGAAUUACAUAGCUUGGGUUUGAGGGUGAAAGGGAUAGAGGCAUUGGAGUUAUUAGUAUGGUAUUGGACAUACCGGUACAUUCAUGGAGCACCUCGAGCAAGGCCAAAAUCGGUGGGACUGCAACGGCAUUCGGUACCCAGAUUUUUCGUUCUAAAACGUUUGUUAGUCGAAUGAGUCGUUGAGUCGAGACUCGGUGUCAUCAAUGUUGCCCGGAACAAAAAGACAAAAGAGACCAAAGGAACCCUGGUAAUACAUACUCUCUAGUACCACCUCCUGAUAUAUCCAACACUCGAUCCACAGACAGAGCUCUAGCUAACAAGAAGGAUAGAAAGAAAGACAAUAUGCUGAGAGUAAUUCUACGGCACACUCGCAACGCGUUUCUGUUUGCUUGUUGUGUGCUAUUGCUGUGUUCCUUUCAUCGGCUGUGGCGGUAUGACUUUGAUGAUCAACACAACAACCACCCUACUAGUAGUAGUCAGGAAGGCGAUGUCCUGCUAGAAGAUCACUUUGUAUUUUGGGAUGGGAUACCGGCAUGGGAACGAUCGCUGGAAGCACGCAGUAACAACCAUGCAGUCCUCUCGAAACUCAUGUCGUAUACCAACCUCAACUAUGCCAUCCUGUUAGCCUUUAAGCGUCACAAUAACAACAACAACAGUCCUUCGGUCGAAUCGGCAUCUACCAGUUCUGAUAGAACCACUGCUACAACGAGAGACCGUGUCCCAGAGUCAGCAGUACUUGUAGAGAAACCUGCUAUGACUGCCACUACCAGCAUUGUAUCCAAGGAAGAUGCCGUCACAGUGCCCAGACCCAAACAACAAGAUAGUGAGAAAGAUACCCAACAAGAAUCUAUUACUACUACUACUAGUGAGAAAGAAGAUGACGAGAAACAACAAACAGGACCGCCAACUACCACUACCAGUACCACUACCACUACCAGUACCAUUAAAAGUACACAAGAAGAAGUCCCAACCGCCACACCACGACCUUUGGAAGAAGCCAAAAUCAUCUUUAAGCGUCAAAUACGACACGGAAAACAACGGCAGACUCGCAAGAAGAAGUCACACAAGCACAAACAGACAAAAGUACCAGAUGCCUCCACUCCACAAGACAACACCCAUACUACCAAUCCACCACUACCACCAAGUACUGCCUCCAAUCCCCCCAAGAUUGGAUUCAUCUUGCACUUGCCCAGUUGCGAUCGAGACGCCAUUGCCAGUUGGAUCGCCACGUGGAACGAACAGGCACUCGAUCAACCCUUUCUCUUUCAUGUCCUAUUGGGUCCCAAUGUCUCCAAGACGUGUCUCGAACAACUCCAAGUCAGACUCUCACAACUCAAUAAUCAUCAUCGAGAUGGGAUGAUGGUCUUUCAAGUCUCGCAAGAUGCCCCGUUGGCGCUCGCCUUGCAAACGUGUCAGGACAAUUUGCUCGAGCAACAUGCCAAAAUAUUAUCAUCAGUAGUAGUGUUGGACGAACUUCUUUACUACGAUCAUUCCAAAGCCAAAGGACGACUGCGUUCCAGUGCCAUGAUGCGGCGGUUCACUACUCGCGACAACAAGAGUGUCUUUACAUGUACUGGUGGGGGGCAACAACAGCCCUCCUUUUGCGAUGAUUCCGUCCUGGAAUGUCCCUGGUUUCAGUAUUCACCGUCCAACAACAACAAUCCAGAAUCACCACCGGACCGCACGGAAACACCCAAAGUGGAGGCGGCAGUGUUAUAGCCGUCACAAAGCAAAGCAAAACGCUAUAAAUUGGGACACACUGCGACGAAACGAGCGAAUACGAACCGCCUCCUCGCUUAAUCAUUAUCAAAACGUAUACCGUACAUGCAUGGGUAUUAGGAAUUGGCCUGUACCUGGUACCGUACAGUCAGUGAGUAGACACUUGUAGCUCGCUAGCUAGCUAGUAUAGACGCGCAAGUUCUUGGCCAAGCAAAGAAUGGCAUCGUUCCUUUCCUUCGGAGCUACCUGCCUGGCUGGACAUGCGAGUCUCACCCUUACUAAUACAGUACGUGCUGUACAGCCACCAUAACAUGAGCCUCUGUUGCGCCCUCUCUCCAAGUAAGUCGUUCUUUAAGAAAGUAAGGGAUUUCCGAGGCCAGCCAAGGUGCUGGUAUGGCAUCAUCACGGGAACAAGAACCGCGGGUGGCACCAUGAUCAUUAUCGUUUCCUCUAUUAUAUUGCAUACUACGUCCAUCCGCCGUCAUGGCAGCCAGUUUGGAACACAGCCAGCCAAGCAGAGGGAAGGCCUCUGGAUGACACUCACACAAGAAUACUGGACAUCCUUCGUUUCGGCUUUCUUGAGCAAAGGUAAAUGGUAAUAGCAGGAUUGCUGGUACUGUGCAACCAGAGCGAAGGCAUCUGGCGUGGCUUGCAAGCGAAUACAAUGAAACUCUUGCUCCUUCCGUAGAUAGUUUCCCUACUCUAAAACCCCCGUUUUAUUUUCAUAAGGUGUGCCUGAAUGAUGGGAUGAGGGGCUUCGAUUCGAUUCAUCAUUCUGUGGAUCCAACUGUUGCAGUUGGUGCGGUCGUGGUUGCGCGGGAGUCAAGAGUCGAACGGACAAGCACCACGGUGGGAGUGGCGGAAACAACCGUUUUGGGUUGGCGCACCUCUUCGUCUUGGUCAGGUUCCAGCAACUCACCACCAUCCAUCCUACUCGACUCCAUGUAUUGCUCAACGCAUAUCUAUCCCGCAAAGCUCAUGAUGCCAAAAAUUUGAGAGUCAGCAAAGCAAUUCAGGCGAAACAGCGU